UGGACCAAACCUGCCGCUAUAAGGUCUAUUCGAGCCUUGUACAGUACAGUAUCACCCGAACAUCAACCGCUACAAGGCUGCAGAAAGUUAUGCUGAAACCAAUUGUUCCCACUUCGUAAAUCACUUCGCACCAUUGCCUGUCCCUUUUGUGCAGCAGCCACCUGCAAAAGCAGAGGGCUAUGCAACGAUGUAAUCCUCGACUCACACUCCGCUCCUGCGCAGGCGCACAAGCCCAUUUUACUCGAUCAUGUCUCCCCUGGACAGACUGUACCUGGUCGCUUGCUGGUCCUACAUCAUCAGCUUCCACUUCACAUUCACGCUCCUCACGCUCACCAGCAGCGACUGGACAGCGAUUCGCCUCCUCCAAGCGAUGGACUGACCGACAACGUGGCGACAGUUUUGCCCGCGCAGCCAAAGUCCAGGGUCUUAAGAGCCGGGCUGCGUUCAAACUCCUCCAAAUCAAUGACAGGUACAGACUGUUCAAGCCGGGCAUGACGAUCAUAGACCUGGGAUUCGCACCUGGGAGUUGGAGUCAGGUAGCAAUCGACAUGACCCAACCGCGCGGGCGGGUUCUAGGCAUCGACCUGAUCCCUGUACAACCUCCCAAAGGCGUAUCGACGAUCCAAGGCGACUUCCUCUCCCCGGACGUCCAAGCCGAGAUCAAAUCGUUCCUCCGCGACCCAGACCGUGGCCGGCUGCGACGUCCACUCAUGUUCGACGUCCAGCCCGAUGGCUCGACGGACGGACUUCUCGAGGACGCGGAAGGCGGCUACGUCGAAAGAGAAGCGCAUAUCGCGGCGGCUGAGGAAGGCGAAAGCCAAGCAGAAAAUGAACAAGAACAAGAGCAUCUCGACAAAACAGUCGACGUGGUGCUAAGCGAUAUGUUGAUGAACACGAGUGGGAACGCUUUCCGGGACCACGCCGGCAGUAUGGAUCUAUGCAGAGCUGCCCUACAAUUCAGCUACGAAACGCUCAAGGUUGGCGGGCAUUUCGUGUGCAAGUUCUACCAGGGCGUCGAGGACAAGGCGCUCGAAAAGAGUCUUAAGGCUAUGUUUCACAAAGUGCAUCGCGAAAAGCCCGACAGCUCGAGAAGCGAGUCCAAGGAGGCGUACUUCGUGGGCAUCAAGAGACUGGCCAAGGUUGAUAAGAAUGCUGUUUUUGCCGAUGGCUGAUGGAAGUCCAACUGGUCCAUCUCCGUACAACUGAAGUACUAUGAAGGGCAUGAAAGUGCACG